AUGUGUAAGUUUUUUUUUCAAUUUUUAAAAAUUAUGGGGAAACAACUUUUUGAGAAGAAAGUUAUUUUCGGUAAGAUAUAUAAAAAUCGAAUUUCUAUCAAUUAAUUUCAAUUCAUUCAAGAUUUUCCUUUUUUGUUUCCAAAUUAAAACAUUUUCUCUUCUAAACUAUUAUCAAAAAAUCCUCCGAGCGUUGUACUAUGUUGUACCUAAGCUACCGAAUGAUCCUUCAAACUCUACUUCUAAACAAAAAAAUCGCAGUUCUUAAAAGCGUUCCAAAAAUUCAGAUGUUUUUUGGUUACUCAUGAACACUUUCCCAGGUUCUCAGAAAAAUAAUUUCGUUCCUCGAGUUGACCAAAAAUUUGUUUUUGACAAAACUCGGAAUAUUUAUUACAUUCCCCUAAAUUCAAUUUCAUGUGUUUUCCUGAAUGUUUGUUUCAGCCGUGAGAAUAUCCAAGUAUCUACAGUAAUCAUGCAGAAAAAGCUGCAAAAAAUCAGAUUUUUCUCGCUGCUAAAAUAAAUUGAACAAACGAAAAAAUUCUCGCGCAAUGAGUAGGAGAUAAUUAAAAUGUGCUGAGAUGCAUGAAAUUUGCGAAUUUUUUAUAUAUUUUCUUUUCUUGUUUCUUCCGUUAUUUGGCCUCACAUAUUUUUUUGCGCAUGAAAUCAUUUCGUUUUUUUUUCGCGAGAAAAAAUAAUUCGAAAUUGUUCUUUGCAAACUAAAAUAUUCAUGAGACAAAACUUUGGAGAAUUUUGAAACCAAAAAAAUCACAUUUGGUGUUUUUUUGUUCCUGGAUUUUGCGUUUAAAAGGAACGAGAAGGAACUUGUGUUUUGUUAGUUUCAGAAAUUUUUAUUGUCUUUUCAAAGCUUUACAUUUUUCAGGAAACUUAUUUUAGAUUACUGUAAGUGAGUUUAAGAUACUUGAAACACUGUGAACCUUCCAUAAAAUUUGAAAUUUAAAAAUUCCUCAUUUUUCCUCCAAAAGCUUCCCAUUAUUUUUCCUUUUAAAUGUGAAACUAUAAAUUCUCAACCAGUCAUUUCAUCUCAAAAAUCCCUAAUUUCUGCCAAAUGUACAUAAAAAGAAGCUUCAAGUCCAAAGAAUACUACAACCCUUUAGUUUAGUCUACAGUAAUCUUUUCCUACAAAUUUCCUCUCUUUCUUCUCAAUUCUUCCGCAAAAAAAGGAAAUUUGAAUUUUUCGCUCCUCGUGUUGCCUUUUUUGGUUGCCGAACCCUUCACUUCCACUUUAAUUAAGACGACUAUCGAACAAAAAGUUUUUUUUGUGAAACGAAAAAAGUCAGUAUAUUUUAUUUGCUAUUCUUAGGUUAGGCUUUUUUCUCGAAAUUUUUUAUGGGUCACUCUGAAGAAUUUCAAUUUUCAUGUAUGCAAAGUGCAGCAAGAUCACUUUUUUGUUCUUUUUUUUUUUGAAUUCAUAUAAACCUUUGAGCCAGAAAGGGCAGUUGACCUGGUUUUUUUUCUUCGAGAAGUUUUUGCAAGUGGGCGUAGGGUUUUUGAAUUAUUUUACAGUAUUUUAAUGAUGUGCAACAUAAUAAAAAAGCUUUUAGAGCCGUAGGCGGAGUACUGUAAAAUUAAUGAGCCUAGCUAUAAAUAUUUUUUGUGAAAAUUUAUUAGUAGAUUCUUUAGUUGAACCCAACUUUCCCUGCUCUGUUAAUCCUAUCAUUUUGACGCGAUUAGUUCACUUUUUUUGGUGGCAAAAAUUUUCAGGAAUUCCAUUUUUUCGCUCUUCGAAUAACAAAAAAAAGCAUUCUCAUGAACUUCGUUUAAUUCUUCAUUUGGAAAUAAUGAGUUUUCUGUUUUUUUUUCACUUUUUGCAUUUUCGAAAUAUGGCUCAUUAAUCUUUUGAUGCCUUUCAGACGAACCAUAAAACUCGAAUUUCAGCAUCCAAAAAAUAUCCAGGAACGCCCCAAAAAUAUUUAUAUGACUAUGACUAAAAAUAGACGCUUUGGACCCUUAAUGAAAUUAUUUUUGUUGUGAAUAAUACAUUUUUAUUUUCAAUGAUGCCACUUUCAAAAAUUAGGUUUUUCUUUUUUUCGAAGAAGACGAAAAAAACUAGAUCAAAUUAAACUUCUAGAAAAAAAGUACAUGUUUUUAUCUAAUGGACAUGCAAAGUUCAGGUUUUAGAAUAAGAAAAAACAAGUAGAUGGAAAAAGUUCCAUUUCCUUAUUUUUGUUGUUUUCGUUGUUAUACAAAUCAUUCACACACCACUUGUUUGAUAAUCCAAUUUUAUGCUCAUCUUCAUAAGCUCCACCCUUUUCCAGAACACUUUUUUAUUCUGUUUUCACGUUGCACAUUUUUAAUAUAGUCCCAAGUGGAGUCUUGACACGAAAAGAGGUUGUUGUAGUUCAGAUUUCAAACAUCAAUUCCAAGUUUUCAGUACGUCAGAAUCAUUUUUCAGGGAUUACUGUAUAUCUAACUUGUUAUUACAACGUAAUGUUUAUUUAACUUGAGAAAAAAGUGAAUCCAGGAAGAAUCUGUUCCUAUAUGAUCUCGAAAAUAUCUUCUUUUCCCCUAACUUCUCACUGAAGAAUGAUCGAACGAUCAUUCUCUUCUUUUCAAAACCAAGACAAAGAAGCGAUUAGAGAUCAUUUGGGCGGGAUUCACUGCUCAUUUUGCUCUAAAGUCAUAUUUUUUCAAACAAUUUCGGACUUCCCAUUUUUUCCAUUAAGAUUUUUGUGUUAUUCCUAAUUAAAUAUUCAAUGAAUUUCCAGCGAUGGCAUUGAUCUACGCAAAUGCAGUCAAUAAACGAAUGCAUCAUCAUAAUUCAAAAAUGGCGGCGGCAACAAAAAAGCGAUCAACAAAUUCUUGCCCAAUGGCUUCACUUCACGAUGAUAGUCCGGAAAAUGACACGAUGCGACGCAGUUUGAGCCGUGAAAUCCCAACUCGAAAACAGUGAGUUAUACAAAGUCAACAGCUUCGAUGUCUUCUGAUAUUUCUAGAAAAGUUUUGAAUGGAAGGUGUUUGUGUCCUACCGCUGAAAACUAGAAAAAUUUCUUUCGAAACAUUUUUUUCUAUAAAAAAUUUUCAGCUACCCUCGUUUUUCUCCUGAAAACUUAUAAACUUUGUUGAUUUUAGCACGUCAUACCAUUAUUUUCUGAGUGACUAAUAAUGAGAUCCAUUAUGGUAUGUCAUAUAAAAAAGCUUUUACUGACAAAAAACCGUAGGCGGGUUACUGUAGCUCUGAAGAAUUCAUUGAUCCAGGCGAUUGAGUAUUCGAUAAAAACUAUGAUCUUUAAUGCUGACUAGACAAUAAAAAUUGAAACUUUGUAAAAAUUUCAUCUUUUACAUUCAUGUUUUCAUCAGCUCACAUAGAAAAAAAACAUUUGUGUUUUGUGUAUUCGAAGUGAUUUUUGAUGUUUUCUCUCUUCAUUUCUUGACCCAAUCUUAAUGAACAAUGUCUCACUUUCAAAAAACACUUUUUUUUCAGAAAACUCUUUCUCAUUUUGAAAUAAGUUUCGGAAAUCGUACUCAUCUCAAAUUACCGGGAAAAAUUUUAACAAAAAAAAACACAAAUCUUCUUUUCUUGCACAAUUUUGAGUUGAGGUGACCAAAUGAUGAAUGGAUAUUGAUAACCUAACCUGCUCCUAGACAAGACAUACGUAUUUUUUUAUAUUUUGAUCUUUAUUUGUUCGAAAAAAUAACAAGUGUUAUUUCAAAAAAUGACAUGUUAUGGAUGUUCAGGAAUGUUGAAAUGUCGUGAUGAGCAGAGCAAAAAAAUGUUCCCUGAUCUGUUUGUUCAACAAAUUCCAAAGAUGAACAAAAUAUUUUGGUUUCAUUUCUGUAGUUUGAUACACUAGAAGAUUUGCAUAAAUAGAAAAUGAAAAUUGAAAAAAAACUGAAAUGCGGAAGUAGGAAGUCGAAAGUGGGAAGAUCAUGAUCAUUUCAAAAAAUCACGUUGAAUUAAAAUAAUAUAGACAAUUCUACCAAUAAUAACAAUCUAAAGCUUCAAGAAUGUUUUGAUACAAAAAUAAUUUGUUCCAGUUCGGAUAACUCAUCAUACUUGUCAUCGUCCACCUCAUCAUGUCACUCACUUUCUCCAGCUGUCGUCAAAAUCGAGAAAUCCAAGCACCGUCCAGUACAACGGAGCAAGACCAGGUAUAUAUAUGUUUAAACCUGAUAUUAAAUUUUGUUAAGAAAUCAUCCUGAAAUUUUGGAAAAUGGAAAAAUAACACUUUUGUUCCAAGAAUGAUUGAUUAUUUUGAUUGAAAAAAAUGAAAAACAAAUUGAUUUUUUUUCAGCUGCGGUGAUUUAUAUCUCAAAAAAAUUGUGGAAGAUGAUGCUGUUCGAAAAAUUUCACAACCUGCGAUGUCACAAUCAGCGUUGAACAAAAGUCGACCAACUUCCAAAAAAUCAUUCAUCCAGGUACAAUUUUCCGUUGAAAUUUGGACUUCUUGACUUAAUAAUAUUAAUUUUUGCAGAGAUAUGAAAAAGAUCAACAAAAACCAAAAAGUGCCAGUGUAGAUGAAGCGGAUCCAGAGAAGUGAGUUGAUCAAUCUUUGAAAUAUCCAAUUUUAUCAUCUUUUUUUCAGCAAAAAAGAAAAGGAAAAAGAGAAAGAUGAAGAAGAUGGUGCAUUUUCAAAAAUGAAAAGAAAGUUCAGCAAAUUGAUGUUCAACUGA